GCAAUUCGCAUAUCCAUUGGCUUUGCUCUUCCUUCCAUAACGACACUUCUUCUCAUCAGACAUAUCAAACCAGAAGUAUGGCAGACUUCACCCCUCAAUACCUCCUCUUCACUUUGAUUCUCUUAGACACUUUCUCUGUAAACCAUGGAUGCAACCAAAUUGCCCGAAAGUCUCUAUUAUCCUUACCCUUCACUACUUCGUCUCCUCCAUUAAACUGGUCUUCCAUUGAUUGUUGCCUCUGGGAUGGUAUUUCUUGUGAUCAUAAAGGUAGAGUCACUCAUAUUUGGUUACCCUCUAAAGGCCUCAGAGGCAGCAUAUCUUCCGUUCUUGGAAACCUUUCACGUCUCUCUCACCUCAAUCUCUCUAACAAUUCAUUUUCAGGUCCUCUGCCUACUGGAUUCUUUUCAAGCUGGAACCAACUCAGGGUCCUUGAUUUGAGCAACAACCAUCUAGCUGGAGACAUUUCUUCACUAUUUUCUUCUAAUGGCUGGCCUGCCUCCAUUCAAAUAGUUGACAUCUCUAACAAUGAUUUCAAUGGGAUGAUCCAAUCUUUGUUCCUCCGGCGAGCAUGGAAUUUGACAGAGCUUAAUGUCAGCCACAAUAGCUUCACAGGUCAUAUUCCUUCCUCUCUUUGCAUCAAUUCUCCCUCAGUUAGGCUCCUCGAUUUCUCUUUCAAUAAUCAUAGUGGUCAAAUUCCUACUGGACUAGGGAGAUGUUCAAAGCUAGAAGUUUUCCGAGCAGGUUUUAACUAUUAUCUCUCCGGACAGCUUCCACAUGAUAUAUACAAUGCAACAGAGUUGACAGAAAUCUCCUUACCUUUCUCUAAUCUCUCAGGGCCUAUUAACAGUGACAUUGUGAACCUUACGAAACUCACAAUCCUUGAGUUAUAUUACAAUCAAUUCAGUGGCAAGCUUCCUCUGAAUAUUGGAAAGCUCUCCAAAUUGAAGCGCCUGCUCCUUCAUAUGAACUACUUAACAGGCUCUCUGCCUCAAUCUUUGACAAAUUGCACAAAUCUCAUUGAAUUGAAUUUACGGUGCAAUUUAUUUUGUGGAUAUAUUUCGAAUCUUAAUUUCUCUAGCCUUCAACAACUCACUAUACUUGACCUUGGGGGUAAUGAAUUUACUGGCAUAUUGCCAGCAAGCCUUUACUCGUGCAAGUCCCUCAAAGCAAUUCGACUUGCCCAAAACAGAUUGGAGGGAAAAAUUAUGCCAGAGGUGCUUCAAUUGAAACUCUUACAAUACCUUUCACUCGGCGACAAUAAGCUAACCAAUCUCACAGAGGCAAUCACAGUUUUGUCGGGUUGCAAGAGUCUUAAAAUUGUCAUCCUUCCAGUAAAUUUUCAGCAUGAGGCAAUGCCUAGUGAUGACAGUAUAGUUGGUUCUUUCGGAUUCGAAAAUUUACAAGUAUUGGGUCUUGGUGGUUGCCAACUGACUGGUACUUUGCCUUCAUGGUUGUCUAAACUAAAGAAGUUAGAAGUUCUGGAUUUAAGUUUCAAUCGAAUCAUAGGAUCAAUUCCUGGUUGGUUGUCAACUCUUCCAAGGCUAUUCUAUUUAGACUUAUCCAAUAACCUCAUUUCAGGUGAAUUUCCAAAAGAACUUUGUGAUUUGCCAGCAUUGGUAUUAAAACAGACUGCACCUCCAGUUGAGCAAAGUUAUUCGAAGUUGCCAAUUUUUGUCUCCAAAAAUGGUACCAUUUCCAAAAAUUGUACCUUUAACCAAUACACUUACCUCACCUCCAUGCCACCAGCGAUAUAUAUUGGAAACAAUAGUCUUAGUGGCAACGUUCCCAUUGAGAUUGGCCAUUUACUGCAGCUUCAUGUGCUGGAUCUUAGCCACAAUAGCUUCUCAGGAAACAUUCCAUGCCAGAUAUCUGAGCUCACAAACUUGGAAAGAUUAGAUCUCUCUGCAAAUAAGUUCUCUGGUGAAAUACCAGCAUCACUAACUAGUCUACAUUUCUUGUCGUGGUUUAGUGUUGCAAACAAUAACCUCAACGGAAUGAUACCAUUAGGCACUCAACUCCAGAGCUUUGAUCCCUCUGCAUAUGAGGGCAAUCGUGGACUUUGUGGUAAACCACUUCCACAUGAGUGUGCAAAUAUUGUUAGCCAAAACAGAGACAAGGAGAUUCAAGAGGAGAAACAUGGGCUUCGAAAUCUAGGGUUUAAGGUUAGUCUGGUGCUUGGUUUUAUUACAGGAUUUUGGGGUGUCUGUGGUCCUUUAUUAUUUAACAACUAUUGGAGUGUAGCAUAUUUCCAAUUCCUGGACAGCUUGAAGUAUAGUAUAAAGCACAGCUAGCAAGGUGUGUGGCCAGAUUGCAUGGAAGAUCUGAAAUCUACUUAUAAUAUAUGCCAUGAUUUGUUCUCCGAGGGGUUGGGAGAAGAUAACUUCCUGUAGGAUUGAAAAUUUGACAGAGAUUCCUACUCAUCCAGUACACUCAGAAAAGAAGUACUCUUUGCAUCAGUUUUUCUUUUAAGAGCAGAGACAUACAUAGAGACACAAUGUUGAACUGUCAAGUUUUUCUUUUUGUUUAAUUUUG